AUGACUGGGGAUGAGAUUGGCCAGCAUGAUCUGCGCCGGAACCCGCCGCCCGCAGCCGAGGGGCCCCGGCGCGAGCAGGGGCAGGAGCAGGAGGAGAGCGAGGAGGCGGAGACCCGCGCCGUGGCCACGUCCCCGGACGGCCGGUUCCUCAAGUUUGACAUCGAGAUCGGCCGCGGCUCCUUCAAGACGGUCUACAAGGGGCUGGACACCGACACCACCGUGGAGGUGGCCUGGUGCGAGCUGCAGAGACCACCCCUGUUCGAGGGGUGCCAGACCAGCCUAUGCCCGGAGAGGAGGAGGUCAGGCAAAGUGGGGACAGCCCUAAGCUGUGGCUGGCUUUACCUUGGCACCUGUGACCUGUUUCCAUUCACCUGGGCUCUCCUACCUGUGCGCCAGGGCCUCCUAAGGCUGGAUACAGAAGCCGAGCGCGAGGGUGCCGAGAAAGGCCACCACCACCGCUUUGCGGGCGCCGUGCCCGCGCUUCAGGGCGCGCUGCGCUUCCUCCAGGUUCUCCGCGAGGUGGCGCUGCGCGGCGCUGAGCUCCGGACGCCGCUCCCCGAUCCCCUCCCGCGGGGACUCCAAGUGUCCUUCUCUCCGCAUCCCAACACUGUCCGUUUCUGUGACUCCUGGAAGUCAUGUGUCAAGGAUCAGGUCUGCAUUGUGCUGGUCACUGAGCUCAUGACAUCUGGCACCCUGAAAACCUACCUGAAGCGGUUCAAGGAGAUGAAGCUGAAGGUCCUGCAGCGCUGGAGCCGGCAGAUCCUCAGAGGCCUGCACUUCCUGCACACGCGCUCACCUCCCAUCAUCCACCGUGACCUGAAGUGUGACAACAUCUUCAUCACUGGCCCCACAGGCUCUGUUAAGAUUGGGGACUUGGGCCUGGCCACCCUCAAGCGAGCCUCCUUUGCCAAAAGUGUGAUAGGCACUCCAGAGUUCAUGGCCCCGGAGAUGUAUGAGGAGAAGUACGAUGAGGCAGUGGAUGUGUACGCCUUCGGUAUGUGCAUGCUGGAGAUGGCCACCUCAGAGUACCCAUACUCAGAGUGCCAGAACGCCGCCCAGAUCUACCGCAAGGUCACCUCGGGCCUGAAACCCAACAGCUUCUAUAAAGUGAAAGUGCCAGAGCUGAAGGAGAUCAUAGAGGGCUGCAUCCGCAUGAACAAGAAUGAGAGGUACACUAUUCAGGACCUGCUGGAGCAUUCCUUCUUCCAGGAGGACACAGGAGUGCAUGUCGAGCUGGCUGAGGAGGAUGAUGGCAUCAAGUCUGGCCUCAAGCUCUGGCUGCGCAUGGACGACACCAAGAAGCUUCAUGGCAAGUACAAGGACAACAAUGCCAUUGAGUUCCUCUUUGAGCUCUACAAGGACGUGGCUGAGGAGGUGGCCCAGGAGAUGGUAACCCUGGGCUUUGUGUGUGAAGCAGACUACAAGCUGGUAGCCAAGGCAGUGCGGGACCGUGUGGUGGCCAUCAAGCGCAAGCGGGAGAAGCUGAAGCAGGCACAAGAUGAGCUGCAGCGCAAGGAACAGGAGAAGCAGCAGGGCAUCCUGCAGCUGCUGGAGGAGUUGAAGUCCCCUCUGGCACCGGGGACCCCUGCACCCUCUCCAACUACACCUGGCUCUGGGGACUCCAUGCUCAACGGUACUUUCCCCCCGGAGCCUGAGGAACCUGAAGCCGACCAGCACCAGCACUUCCUGUACCGGCAUACCAGCUACUCUUCUGCUACCUCUGACUGUGAGACAGAUGGUUACCUGAGCUCCUCAGGGUUCAUGGACUCCCCCAACCUGUCCCAUCGCAGUUUCUCUGCAGGGGAACCCUUCAGUCCACCUGCUGCUCCACUAGACUGCUGCUUCCCCUCGAGCAUUGCAGUGAGCAUGUCCUCUGAGCGCCUUCCUUCUGCACCAGCCAGCGAGUUCUCCUCCCCUGUGGACAGCUAUGCAUCUGAUGUGGCAUCUGGCCUGAGCGAUGGGUGUGAGGGGCUGUCAGCCAGUGAGCGGAGUACCAAGCUGCCUGCCAAGCGGCCAUCAGGAAAGCUGCUGCGGCGUCGAGCCAGGUCCAGGCUGCGCAUCACAAAUAUCUCUGACAAGAGUGACCGGGUGGUGGAAUGCCAGUUGCAGACUUACAACAACAAGAUGGUAACCUUCAAGUUUGAUCUGGAUGGUGACAACCCUGAGGAGAUAGCUGCCGUCAUGGUCAACAAUGAGUUCAUCCUCAAGUCAGAGCAGGAAGGCUUCAUUCACCGCAUCCGGGACAUCAUCCACCGCGUAGAGACCCUGCUGCGCAAGGAUGUGCACAGCACUAGCUUGGAGGCAGCUGGGAGCCCCGAGGCUGAGAGUCCAUCACCUGUGGCAGCUGCAGCUGCCAGCUGCCCACAGGCAGAGCUACAGCUGCAGGAACUUUCCCGCUCCGUCUCUUCAUCAUCCUCGCUAAGUGAUCUGGGCUACACCAGCCCUAGCCAGUCAAUGCAGUCUCUGAUCCAGCCUUCACUGAGCAGCUCCCCAUCAGAGAAUGACAUCUUCAGCCCUGCAGACCCCUUGCCAGGGACCCAGCCCAACAUGCUGUGGUCUGCACUGCCAGGAACAUCUGCAGGUUCCCCUAGUGCAGCUGUGCAGAGCUGGCCGUCCCUAACAGCACCUGGCCUGGCCUCAGGCCAGCUACCCAUCUCCCAGUUCCCACAGACUGUUCCCAGUCCCAAAACUGGGGGCUUCCCACCUGCACUGACACAGUCUCCCCCAACCCAGCCAUCCACCUUGCUGCCUCCAGGAGGGCUGAGCAUCCCAGAACCCCUGAGCCCAUCUGUGACCAGUGCCACACCAGCCAUGCCCCACUGGUCUCCAGCUGCCCCUUUGCUGUCGCUGGCCAACAUGUUCUCUUUGGCAGUGAUGACUGUGGCCCAGACACUGCUGCCAGCUGUCUCCUCACCCCCCAGCCCAGGUGGGCAUGUCUACUCGCCACAAAUCUCUCAGCCACAGGCGCUGUACCCAGGAGCAACGCACUUUGUCUACCCUGACUCUUCAGCCCUGGUAGAGCCAGCUGUGCUCUGCAAUGGGACUGGGGAACUGGAUGAGGCCAGUACUGCUGCCUUGGUUCCAUAUCCCCUCUUGGCCCCAGUGCCUGCUCCAGUCUUGCAGGACCCUGGAAACUGUGAAGCCACAGAGAACCCGCUAUCAACACAGAGUGCUGUGGAGAGGCUGGACAGCAGCGUGGUGCCACUCAGCUCCCCCAAACCCAGUCACCACCUGAUCGUCUCGGAGUCACCUGCGCCCAGCAUGCCCAGGACUCGGCUGUCGCCCAUUAAUGAAGAGGCCAGACCCCAGGUUCUGGGCCGCUUCCAGGUGACCCGGUCCCAGGACCCAGCUGACAGGCCCCCAGAUCAACAGAGCCAGAGUGACAGUGAGCAGAGUGGGCAAGAGCCUUGGGAGCCUGGAGCAGCCACCAACUCCCCCCAGCCUGUGGUACCCAGCUCCCCUGAUGGACAGGAGAGCACCAGCUAUGACUCUGACUCCGUCCCUGAGACUGCAGUACAGGACCCAGAUGAACUGCUGGCUGAGGAGGGGACACCAGUGGCACCAGCAGAGAGUGACCACGAUGGGCCUGGAGUGGAAGAGCAGGAGGUGGGCAUUGAGAACCCCCAGCAGGCAGUGUUGAGCCAGGUGUGGAUCAGCUACUCACGCAGCUCCUCCUACCUGAGCAGCGAUGACAGCGAGAGUGAGGAUGAGGAGAUCUGGGAAGAGUUGCAAAAUCUACGACAGAAGCACCUCUCGGAAGUACAGACAUUGCAGUCCAUGCAGAAGAAGGAGAUCGAAGAGUUGUAUCUGAGGAUGGGAAAGCAGCCACCCCCAGGCAUAGUCUCUCCAGCUGCUAUGCUCUCUAGCCGCCAGCGCCGCCUCUCCAAAGGCAGCUUCAACCCAUCCAGGCGCAACAGCCUCCAGCGUGUGGAACUCUUGCAGCCCACAGGGAUCAUGCGCCGGAACUCCCUGAGUGGCAGCAGUACGGGGUCCCAGGAUCAGCGGCCGAACAAAGGGGUGACGUUUGCUGGAGACUUCAGCCGGAUGGUGAGUCAGGACAAGCAUUGCUCCAUGGGCCUCAGCCCUGUGUAUGGGACCUCCCAGCUCAUUCACUCCCUACCCAGCAGACCAGAAGCUUGGCUAAGGCAUGUACCAGGAGAGGGAGUAGGAGGGUGGAAUGCCUCCUUCCCCAAAACUGGGCCUGAGCUCCCUUUCUCAGCAGUUCAUGCUUGUGGCUGCACGCUCCUGGGGAGCAGCCAUGGCCUGGCCUGCUGUGGUAGCUCUGAUGCUGGCUUCUUCUAAUGUUUGGGGCUCCCUGUCAAGAGCCAUCACUGUCUCACUUCUUUGUCUUUCCAGUAGUUGGCUGGUCAGGAGUGACUUGCAU